CUAUCUAGUGCGGCGGCGGAGCGUGUUUUUGAGCCGCGUCCCGCGCGGUGCACUGUGGGCUGCUGGAGGAGCGCAGGGUCAGACUGACGCGAACAUGGCCGCGGUGUGUUUCUCCUUGAGCCGCUGCUGCGCCGCCGGACACCGAGCCUCGCUCACGGCGGUGCGGUCAGCGCAGACGGCGGCGGCGGCGGCGGUUCAGCCCAGGAUCAAGACCUUCCAGAUCUACCGCUGGGAUCCGGACCGCGCCGGAGACAAGCCUCGCAUGCAGACGUACGAGCUGGACCUGAACACCUGCGGCCCGAUGGUUCUGGACGCGCUCAUCAAGAUCAAGAACGAGAUGGACGGCACGCUGACCUUCAGGCGCUCCUGCAGAGAGGGAAUCUGCGGGUCUUGUGCGAUGAAUAUCAACGGUGGAAACACGCUGGCGUGUCUGAACAAGAUCGACAGUGACACCAGCAGGGUGACCAAGAUCUACCCGCUGCCGCACAUGUAUGUGGUCAAGGACCUGGUGCCGGACAUGAGCAACUUCUACGCUCAGUACAAGUCCAUCCAGCCCUUCCUGAAGAAGAAGGACGAGUCCAGACAGGGACAGGAGCAGUACCUGCAGAGCGUGGAGGACCGGCAGAAACUGGACGGUCUGUACGAGUGUAUCCUGUGCGCCUGCUGCAGCACCAGCUGUCCCAGCUACUGGUGGAACGGAGACAAGUAUCUGGGUCCAGCCGUCCUCAUGCAGGCGUACCGCUGGAUGAUCGACUCUCGUGAUGAUUACACUGAGGAGAGGCUCUCUCAGCUGCAGGACCCCUUCUCUCUGUACCGCUGUCACACCAUCAUGAACUGCACCAGGACCUGCCCGAAGGGUCUGAAUCCAGGCAAAGCCAUCGCAGAGAUCAAGAAGAUGAUGGCCUCCUACAAACAGAAGAAGACGGCGUCGGCGUGAAGCCUCGCUUGAUUACAUGAAGACACACACACAGACACAGAUCGUAUUAAUAUGUUUCUGCUCAUCACUCCAUAAAGAGACGCAGACGUUUGAAGAGUUCAAGGUCUCUGCGGUGUCAUGAGAUCUGCUGUAUUUUAGAUAAAUACACGCUUCUGUCUUUACUGCUUUCAUUCCUACAACAACAAUCUCAUUAAGAGUCUUCCUCAUCUUAAAAUCAUAAUAAAGUGAUCAUAAACUCGA